AUGGUCGAUACAAGCGACGAAUGGAUUCGUCAACGGACAGGGAUCUCUGAACGGCGCAUCGCUGAGGACGACGUAGCAACCUCUGACCUCUGUAUACAUGCUGCACGAUGGGCUAUCAAAAACGCUCACAUUGAUCCGCUUGAUAUUGAGAUGAUUCUCGUCGCUACCGUUACGCCCGAUAGGUUUUUUCCCUCAACGGCGUGCUAUGUUCAGAAAGGCAUCGGUGCAAAGAACGCCGCCGCAAUGGAUAUAUCCGCUGCGUGCGCCGGCUUCCUUUACGGACUGGAUUUAGCUGAUGGAUUGAUUAGAUCUGGACGAUACAACACCAUUCUUGUCGUCGGUGGCGAAAUCUUUAACAAGAUUGUUGAUUGGAACGAUAGGAACACAUGUGUCCUUUUUGGAGAUGGCGCAGGUGCCGCUGUUGUUCAAGCUACGGAUGAAUCGAAAGGUAUCCUCGCAUCUUACAUCGGGUCUGAUGGAGAUUACGCCGACGUCGAUCUUCUCGGUAUUCCCGCAGGCGGCUCCAGGAUGCCGAAGUUAGACAAAAUUCAGAUGAACGGACGAGAAGUCUUCAAAUUGGGUGUCCGCCUUAUGCCGGAAGCUGCUCAACGUGUGCUACGUCAGGCAAACGUUAGCGUUGAGGAUAUUGAUUUGUUAAUCCCGCAUCAAGCGAACCUGCGCAUCAUUGAGGCAGUUGGCGACAGACUCGGCAUGCCGCGGGAAAAGGUCUAUAUCAACGUUGAUAAAUACGGCAAUACCUCCGCAGCAACGGUGAUCAUCGCGUUAGAUGAGGCAAUUCGUGAGGGCCGCGCGAAGCCAGGCGAUCUGCUUUUGCUUGUGACUUUUGGCGCAGGCUUGACAUGGGGAAGCACGCUCCUACGAUUAUAG